AUGACACGCCGCACAUACAACAUCGCUAUGGUUAGCGACUUCUUCUUCCCGCAACCAGGAGGCAUCGAAUCUCACAUCUACCAACUCGCCACAAAGCUCGUUGACCGUGGUCACAAGGUCAUCAUCAUCACACACGCCUACGACGAUCGCAAGGGCAUCCGCUAUCUCACCAACGGCGUCAAAGUCUACCACGUUCCCUUCCUCGUCAUCUACCGCGCUGCCACUUUUCCCACUGUCUUCUCAUUCUUUCCCAUCUUCAGAAACAUAUGUAUUCGUGAGCGCAUCGAGAUUGUUCAUGGCCAUGGAAGUCUCAGCAGUCUUUGCCAUGAGGCUAUCUUGCAUGCUCGCACAAUGGGCUUGAGAACUGUCUUUACCGAUCACUCUCUCUUUGGCUUUGCGGAUGCGGGUACCAUUCUCACUAACAAACUCAUGAAAUUCAUUCUGAGUGACGUUGAUCACAGUAUCUGUGUGAGCCAUACAUGCAAGGAAAACACAGUGCUUCGUGCAUCUCUUGACCCAGUCAUGGUCUCCGUCAUACCCAACGCUGUUGUCGCUGAGAAUUUUCGCCCAAAAGAUGUCCCCGCGUUACCUUCACCUUUAGGAACCUCUUUUAACCCUGAAGCACCUCUCUAUCCUCCACCACAGCGAAUUGGGCCUCGCGACACCAUCACUAUUGUCGUCAUCUCCCGUCUCUUCUACAAUAAGGGUACAGAUCUCCUAAUCGCCUCUAUCCCACGCGUGCUUGAGAAUCACCCAAACACACGCUUUAUCAUCGCAGGUUCCGGUCCCAAAGCCAUUGAUCUUGAACAGAUGAUCGAAACCAACGUCCUUCAAGACCGUGUCGAGAUGCUUGGUCCUAUCCGCCACGAAGAAGUUCGCGAUGUCAUGGUUCGCGGCCACAUCUACCUCCACCCUUCUCUUACUGAGGCUUUUGGAACUGUCAUUGUUGAGGCCGCCAGCUGUGGUCUCUACGUCGUGUGCACUGCGGUCGGCGGUAUCCCUGAAGUUCUUCCUUCGCACAUGACAACAUUUGCCAAGCCAGAAGAAGACGAUGUCGUUCUCGCCACAAGCAAAGCAAUCAGCGCAAUACGCGCUGGCAAGAUCCGGACAGAGAAGUUCCAUGAACAGGUCAAAAAGAUGUACUCGUGGCAGAACGUCGCCAUGCGCACGGAGCGUGUGUAUGAUGGCAUAUCAGGAACUAUUUCAGAAGAUGAGUUCUACGGCGUCGAUACUUCCGGCUACGGCAGCCGCAUCCGAAAUUUCGCUCUCAUUGAUCGCUUAAAACGCUACUAUGGCUGUGGUAUCUGGGCUGGCAAGUUGUUUUGUCUUUGCUGUGUCGUGGAUUACCUCUUCUUUCUGUUUCUCGAGUGGUGGUUCCCAAGGGACAAUAUUGACAUCUGCCCUGACUGGCCUCGCAAGCGGCCAGCCGAUGACGAUGCCAGCUCUAAGAAGGGCGCACAUAGUAAUCGGUCAAGCACAUCUCAAGGGGUUACGAAACUGGAAUAA